GAGAGAGAGAGAGAGAUAAGGAGAGAGAAAACUGCAAGGAAUCAAACGGUAAACCCCUCUGUCUCUCCUUCCUUCGACGCCUGAACGCCUCUCUCUCUCUCUCUCUCUCUCUCUCCUCUCCAUUUCAAAAUCCUGAUUCGCCAUAUGAGUUUCUCUUCUUCGAGCAGUGUCAGUUGCACUCUCAGCUGGAAAUCUUCGAGCUUGUUCCUGCAAUUAGGGUUUCUUUCUGGUCGCCGAAAUGGAGUUUCGGCUUCUCCUCCCCGAAAAUUCCCUUCUCACAACUUACCUCGGGCUUCUUCUUCUUCACCCCCUUCUGAUCUGCUUUUGGUCAAAGCUGCAAGAGGAGAUCCUGUAAGCCGCCCUCCAGCAUGGAUGAUGCGUCAGGCAGGAAGGUAUAUGGCCGUUUACAGAAAGCUUGCAGAGAAAUAUCCAUCCUUCAGAGAGAGGUCAGAGACAACUGAUCUCAUUGUGGAAAUUUCUUUGCAGCCCUGGGAAGCUUUCCAUCCUGAUGGGGUUAUUAUUUUCUCUGACAUACUUACCCCUCUACCUGCAUUUGGUGUCCCAUUUGACAUAGAAGAGGUGAGGGGUCCAGUUAUUCAGACCCCACUUCGUUCUGAGGAGGGCUUGAAAGCAUUGCAUCCAAUCGACUUGGAGAAACUUCAUUUCGUGGGAGAAUCUCUCAGGAUUUUGCGCCAGGAGGUUCGGGGGCAAGCUGCAAUUCUCGGUUUUGUGGGAGCACCCUGGACAAUCGCUACAUAUGUUGUAGAAGGGGGUACAACUCGCACAUAUACCACCAUAAAAAGCAUGUGCCAUACAGCACCUCAUGUAUUGAGGGCUCUUCUUUCUCAUUUAACAAGGGCAAUAUCAGACUACAUUGUUUUCCAAGUAAAGUCUGGUGCUGAUUGUAUUCAAAUAUUUGAUUCAUGGGGAGGGCAACUGCCACCAAAUAUGUGGGAGCAGUGGUCAAAGCCUUAUAUUGAAGAGAUUGUGAGUCUAGUAAGGACACAGUGUCCUGGAACUCCACUUGUUCUCUACAUUAAUGGGAAUGGUGGCUUUCUUGAGCGGAUGAAAGGAACUGGGGUUGAUGUGAUUGGGCUGGAUUGGACAGUGGAUAUGGCAGAUGGAAGGAAACGUUUGGGAAGUGGAAUUAGCAUACAAGGAAAUGUGGACCCUGCUUCUUUAUUUUCUCCUCUUCCUGCUUUGACUGAUGAAAUUAAAAGGGUUGUGAAGUGUGCUGGCCCAAGGGGUCACAUUCUCAAUCUGGGCCACGGUGUUCUUGUUGGGACACCUGAGGAAGCAGUCGCUCAUUUCUUUGAUGUUGCAAGAAGCUUGAAGUUUGACACACUUUCUGAAGAUCAUUUGAUGGAGGAACCUAAAUUGGUGGUUUGACGGCUAAAUUUUUUUCUUUUGAGUACUAGUCAAUUGUUUUGUUGUAGAAAUUAGCUGUUUUUUUUUUUCUUCCUUUUUUUCACUUUUACCUGAUACCAGCAGCAUGACUACUCUUGCUUUAGCUUGCAAAUUGUUGAGGGUUUAAUUAAAGCUACAAGGUUUUGCACAUGCUUGUUGGUGAGCUAACUUCUUGUUCUUGUUCUUCUUCUUCUUCUAUUUCCCUGUUGUAUCUGUAAUUAAAGAUGUAUAAAAUGAAUGAUAAAUUUACGCCUCUUGUUAAUUGACUAUGUUCCUUCUUGAAA